AUGCCUUUGCCACGGAAAGCUUUGAUUGCUGUUACCAGCGCCAACCCUCACUUCUACCCCGACGGGAAGAAGACAGGGCUGUUCUUUUCUGAGGCCUUACACCCGUUUGAUGAACUGCAAUCAGCCGGGUUCCAUAUUGACAUUGCCUCGGAAACCGGGACCUUUGCCUUUGACGAGCAUUCGUUGGAGAAAAAAUUUCUAAACAAAGAGGACGAGGAGGUGUUGCACAACGCCAACGACCCAUUCAACAAGAAGCUUAACAGCCAGAUGUUCAAGGCCGGAGACCUGUCUCCGCAUGAGUACGGUCUGUUCUUCGCUGCUGGGGGCCAUGGGGCAUGCUAUGAUUUCCCUCAUGCAAAGCACCUACAGGCCAUUGCCUCGGACGUCUACAACCGCGGCGGUGUCGUGGCAGCCGUGUGUCAUGGCCCAGCUAUACUGGCCGGCGUCAAGAACCCCGAAGAAGAGCCUGUGGUGAAAGACAAGACGGUCACUGGCUUCACUACUGAGGGCGAGCUCGAGCUCAAGGUGAUUGAUCAGAUGAGGCAGGACAAGGUGCAUACGAUUGAGGACUGUCUGGGGCCGACGGGAGCUCACUACGAAGCUCCUCCCAGUGCAUUUGACAACUUUGAGAAAGUUGACGGACGGAUUGUUACGGGGGCGAACUGCUAG